AUGGAUAGGCUUAUAAGCUUGGAGCCAUCAAAUCUUGUGGUGAUCAGAAUAGAACCAGGUAAAAAAUGCAGCGGAAGUCUCUCUCUCCGCAACGUUAUGUACACCAUGCCAGUUGCUUUCAGGCUCCAGCCAGUUAACAAGAUGCUCUACACGGUGAAACCCCAGACCGGGAUCAUAGCGCCUCUAGCUACACUAACCGUGGAAAUAAUAUACCACCUUCCCCAAGAAACUCUCCCCGAGUACUUCCCUGAAACCCAUGAUUCUUUCAUCUUGGACAGCGUGGUUGUCCCCGGUGCAGCCGUCAAGGACCCAUCAUCAGUUCCGAACGACUGGUUCACAACCAGGAAGAAACAAGUUUUCACUGACAGUGGAAUCAAGGUCAUGUUUGUUGGCUCCCCUAUUUUGGUUCAGUUAGUAAUGGACGGUUCAAUGGAGAAAAUCAGAGAAGUACUAGAACGUAGUGACAUGUCAUGGAACCCAGCUGACUCAGUUGAUUCACAAGGCAAUAGUUUACUCCACCUUGCUAUAGCUCAAAGCAGACCUGAUAUUUUCCAAUUACUCUUAGAGUUCCAGCCGGAUUUUGAGUUACAGAACCGAUCAGGUUGCACCCCUCUUGAAUCUGCAUCUGGGUCCGGCGAAACCUUGAUCGUCGAGCUCUUACUGGCUCGUAAAGCAAACACAGAACGAUCAGAAUCUUCCCUUUUUGGCCCAAUCCAUCUUGCAGCAGCAGGAGGUCAUUUAGACUGUUUGAGGCUUCUUUUACUUAAAGGAGCCAACGUUGAUUCCUUAACAAAAGACGGCAAUACAGCUCUACAUCUUGCCGUUGCAGAAAGAAGAAGAGACUGCGUUCGUCUGCUAUUAGCAAACGGAGCCAAACCUGAUUUACAAAACUCUGGCGACGGCGACACGGCCCUGCACGCGGCGGCGGGACUCGGUGACGACAAUAUCGUCAAGCUCUUGCUUCAGAAAGGAGCUGCUAAUAAAGAUAUCCGCAACAAGUAUGGCAAAACAGCCUAUGAUAUGGCCGCGGAGUACGGCCAUAGUAAGCUAUUCGACGCGUUGAAACUCGGGGAUAGACUCUGUGUAGCGGCUAGGAAAGGCGAGGUUAGAGCAAUCCAGAGGCUGAUUAACAAUGGUGCCGCCAUUAAUGGACGUGACCAGCAUGGUUGGACAGCUUUACACAGAGCAGCAUUCAAGGGGAGAAUUGAUACAGUGAGAUUCUUGAUUGAUAAAGGGGUAGAGAUGGAGAUGAGGGAUGAAGACGGGUAUACGGCUUUACACUGUGCGGUGGAAGCUGGACAUGGAGAUGUUGUGGAGUUGUUGGUGAAGAAGGGAGCUGAUGUUGAAGUGAGAACCAGUAAAGGUGCAACUGCGGCGCAGAUUGCGGAGUCACUGCAGUAUGUUGGGAUUAGCAGAGUGUUAGUUCAUGGCGGGGGUUUGAAAGAAGGUGCGGCGGGCAUGGGAGGGAUGUUUGGGAGUGGGAAAGGAGGGAGAGAGGUUGAGGGUAAAGGGAAGAUGAAGAAGAAGACGGUGAGGGGAAGAUCAUUGCGAGGUAGCUUUGAUAGAUCAAUGCCAUUAGCAGUGGUUUAG